AUGGAGAGCUUCAAACCGCCGCGACACAUGUGGAGAUCGUGGAAAACGCAUUUGCUGACGAUCGGACUCGCGACAGGGAUCAUCGCUGUGGCUUAUGGGACGUUUCGAGUGGGCAUUUUGACGAAGAGAUUUUUGAGUGAGAACACAUUUGGACAACAUCAAGAAAUGGAGGACUUUUUGGCGCACAAAGCUGAGAUGGAGCAACGACGACGCGCGGCGCAAGUUACUCCUCAGCAGAAA